CCAUGGUCCCUGCAGAAUCCCUCGUCUCAGAAACAGCUUCUCCUCCUCCUCCUCCAAAUACUCAUCUUCAGGUAAGCAUCAAAUACUUGUCUUUGAGCUUAAUUUUUCAUUUUAAUUCUCGGUUUUAGUUGUUUUGUUAAUCUGUUUCUUAAUCUUAUCUGGGUGAAGAUGCUAAUUAGAUUAUUUUUCCAGUUUUUUUUUUUUUUUCCUGUUAAAAAUAUAUAUAUUACCAAGAUAGCAAAAGCAGAUAGUAACUGAGAGGAAACAAGAUGAAUAAAAAUGAGAUAUUCAAGCUGGCAAAGGGGUUCAGGGGAAGGGCAAAGAAUUGCAUAAAGAUAGCAAGAGAAAGGGUUGAAAAGGCCUUGCAGUAUUCCUACAGAGAUCGUCGCAACAAGAAGCGUGACAUGCGCGCCCUUUGGAUCCCGCGCAUCAAUGCUGGCACCUGCCAACAUGGGGUUAACUACGGCAACUUUAUGCAUGGACUGAUGAAGGAGAACAUCCAACUGAACAGGAAAGUUCUGUCCGAACUGUCUAUGCAUGAACCUUAUAGUUUCAAGGCUCUAGUAAACAUUUCUCGCAAUGCCUUCCCUGGGAACAAGAAUGUUGUGCUUCCUACCAGAAAGGUGGAUGUAUCACUUAAUGUUUAGUUGCAAUGUGCUUAUUUUGGAUGUCACUAAAAAAUAAUUAUUUUAAAACUUGUCUGAAAUCUCCCAAGAAAUAGAGAGUUACAGUAUUUUUCGGAUCAUUGCUUUCCUGAGCAAAAUUUGGGACCCUGAUGGAGGGUUAUCAGCUUCUUGUUCAUCAUCCUGUUGCUCUCGUUAUGGAAUCAGUUUCAUCUAACAGGGCAGCCCUUCUAUAGGGGCUCCAGAUCACUGAGGAAACAGUAGUGUCUGUUAUCUGCGUAAACUGAUAACUAGUACUAUAGUUGUACAAUUUCCAGUGUGAAUGGUUACUUUCUAAUGCCCUUCCCCUCAAGUAUCUUGUAAUAGAUGUUUACAUGGCCACUAUUGUUACAUACAUGGUUGCAUUUGGGCCAGUAAAUACACAAGCGGCUUAGUA